AUGUUUCUGUCCAUCGCACCGCCUCUAAUGGAUUUCGAAGACGAACUGCUGUGGAUUAACCAGUCGAACAGCGAUAAGGUGGAGAUCCUGUACGACCAGUCCAACUACGUUACCCCCAAUACAAAGCACCUCAUCGAACAGGCAUUCCUUCAGCCACUGAGUCUGCAGGAUCAGCACAUUUUGUUCGACGAUCUGCUGAAGCAGAACACUGACAUUGCACGCCAAUACGGACUGACUCCGGCCAAACUACCUCUGCUAGUUGAAAACAAUCCUCUCAUUUCCAUUGAGAUUUUACUAAGACUGAUGAUGACCACCGACAUAACAGAGUAUUUCAACAUAUUGGUUAAUAUGGAUAUAACACUCCACUCCAUGGAAGUGGUCAACAGACUAACUACUUCGGGUCCUUUGCCCACGGAGUUCAUUCAUUUGUACAUCAGCAACUGCAUCUCGACCUGCGAAACAGUCAAGGAUAAAUACAUGCAAUCCCGCCUGGUGCGGCUGGUUUGCGUAUUUCUGCAGUCCUUGAUCCGAAACAAGAUUGUGAAUGUUAAGGUGAGAUCCAUAAUCAUUGCCUUCAAAAAAGUCAGUAGCUUUACCCAUUUUUUUCAGGAACUAUUCAUCGAGAUCGAAGCAUUCUGCGUGGGUUUCAGCAAAAUCAAGGAAGCUGCCGCUUUGUAUCGCCUCAUUAAACACUUGGAGACCGGAGAGAGUGCUCUUUCUUCCAAUUCGCUAGCAAAGUAAUGGGCGACCGUCUUGUUUACAACUUAGUUUAUAAAUAGCGAAAUAAAACAGAAAACUCCCUUUGUA